AUGCCUCCAAGUCCAAUCAGCCCAGAUGAUCUACACAGGAUUUUCAAGAACCUUGACAAGAACAACAAGGGCCACGUCAGCACUCAUGAGCUCCACCGCCUCUUGGAGCUCGUCGGCAUCCGAACGACCCUAGACGAGCUCGAAAAAUACGUCGGUCGAGAAACCCUCAAUUUCAUCGACUUCUUAUUCUUCUACGAGGCAAUGGUCGAGUCGUCCAAAACGGCCGAACGAAAACAACAAUUAGGGGAAGGAGAUUAUAAUAACGAUAUUAAUGAUCAUCACGAAAACGAUCUUUUUGAGGCAUUUAAGGUGUUCGACUUGAAUGGCGACGGGUACAUAUCGUCCGAGGAGUUGGAGAGCGUUUUGUCGAGAUUAGGUUGGUGGGACCAAAAAACCGGGAAGAAGGACGGUAAGGACAUGAUUGGCGCGUACGACGAGAAUUCGGAUGGGGUUUUGGAUUUCGGGGAGUUUAAGAAUAUGAUGAUGUCGGGGGCUUCGACUUCUGAUUCGGAUACUUAG